CGGCCAACACUCCGCACUCUAACUUCCACUUAACCUGCGUCCAUCGGCCGCAGUUAGUUGCUCCCAAUGCCAGAUGUGAGCACCAGGCAAGCUCAGCAGCGAUGACGGCGCCUGUCAUGUCCCUCGCUCUGCUGCGGCGGGCUUCACCAUCGCAACCCUUUUACAAUGGCCUCAAGCGGCACUUUUCCAGCACAGUUGGGCGUGAAGCGUCAUGGGGCUUCAUUGGCCUGGGUGCCAUGGGCUACCCUAUGGCGAAGAACCUACGAGCCAAGAUCCCCGAAGGGGACUCGAUGACCGUCUACGAUGUCAACGCUGCGGCGCUGGAGAGGUUCACUCAGGAAGCUACACCGACUGGAGUGGUCGUGGCAAAGAACCCUCGGGAGGUGGUUGAGAAUGCGGACAAUAUCAUCUCGGCACUCCCCGAACCCCGACAUGUCAAGGGUGUCUUUGAAGAAAUCCUCGCCUCUUCCCUCCCCAAAGCUCCCACGGGGCCGUCGAGACUGUUCAUCGACUGCUCGACGAUCGACCCCAUCACCUCGCGCGAGGUGGCCAAGAUGGUCAAGGACAAGGCGGGCGCCGACUUCGUGGACGCACCCAUGUCCGGCGGCGUCGUGGGGGCGCGCGCCGGCUCGCUGACGUUCAUGGUCGGGUGCGAGGAAAAGGACAUCCCGCAGAUCGAGAAGAUCCUGCUCCUCAUGGGCCGGAAGGUGUGGCACAUGGGCCCGCAGGGGACGGGCCUGAGCGGGAAGCUGGCCAACAACUACGCGCUGGCGAUCAACAACAUCGCGUGCGCCGAGGCCAUGAACCUGGGCAUGCGGUGGGGCAUCGAGCCCAAGGCGCUGGCGAACCUGCUCAACUCGGCCACGGGCAAGAGCUGGCCCAGCGAGAUCAACAACCCCGUCCCCGGCGUCAUCGAGACCAGCCCCGCCACCCGGGGCUACGAGGGCGGCUUCGGCGUCAGCCUGAUGAACAAGGACCUGCGCCUGGCCAUGACCGCCGCGCAGGAGGCCGGCGCCAAGCUCGCCCUCGCCGACAAGGCCAAGGAGGUCUACGACCAGACCGAGAAGGAGUACAAGGGCAAGGACUUCUCGGUCGUGUACCGCUGGCUGGGCGGGAAGGAAUAACGGCGAGCCGCCAGGGCGGGCGUGCUGCUCUCUGUCCAAAAAAAAGUCCCAAGCGUGUAUCCUACCUACCUACAUAAAUACGUAUAUGCAAGUACACAAGGUUUCAGCGGACGUACAUGAGACAUGGUCGAGAUACGGCCAGGCCAUGAAAGCGCCGUAUCCAUAGCAUGGGAAACAGGUCUGACAGUUAUUCCAUACAACUAGCUGGGCAUUUCUCGAGUCGA